CCGGUGUGGAGGUUUGUUAUUCCGGGUCCGCGCGCUGAUCCUGCCUAGAAGUGCGCGGUUACGUCAGAGCUAUGACGUGACGCGAUUGACGUUUCACAGUCAGUUGUUUCGGCGCGUGCUGCCGCGAUCGUAUCGAAGCUGUGACCCCGAUUAGUUGUCGGGUGGUAUAGGUUAAGAUUUCCUGAACCGUGUCCACGCUUUUCCUCGCCAGAGAUCAGGUCGAUAUGGUCGACAUCGUCUAAUGAAAAUGGAAUCAUCGGCCGCAAGGAUGUUGCUGUGGUCGUGGGCCGCGAUAAUCCUGCUUGGUGCGCUCCAAGAAGCCAUCGCCGGUCCGGCUUGCAGGAUUAGCGAGUUCCCUUGCAGGAACGGCCGCUGCAUCCGCCUCAACGGAUACUGCGACGGUAACGACGACUGCGGUGACAUGUCCGACGAGCCGCUGUACUGUACCGCCUGCAACCGGACGUAUUACGGUGACGUGGGCAAGACCUACGACCUGCGGGUAAUUAAGGGUCCGCAGGCGCGUCUCCCCUUCCUCUGCCAUCUGACGUUCACCGCCAACGGCCAAAGCCACGGAGACAUCGUCCAGAUAAUCUUCGAUGAGUUCAAAGUGGGUCGCUACGAAGCGUCAGCGCUGGACGGCUGCCCUGAUGGAUACAUGCAGCUCAGCGAGUUGGGACGUCCGUUUACCGGAGGCUCGUGGUGCGGCUCGUCAUCCGGUCCUGCUGCUUAUUAUAGUGAAACGUCGACGGUGACGGUUAGCGUCAAACUCUUCGGUUCGCCUCAGAUCCCGUUCGCUUUCCGAUUACGAUACAGAUUCGUCUCUAGACGAGAAGCAGUGGUACGCUUCGGUUCACCAGCGUCACCGUUGGAGAGAGGACAAGUGGCCCCGGGUACUUACUGCACCCGACAGUUCGAGGAGUGUUACAGGAAACCGUGCAGGUUGCAGUCUCCCAACUACCCGGGGAUGUACCCUAGGAACGUCUCGUGCUACUGGAGUCUUAGACAGAAAUUUGUACCAACUUGCAAGCACGCCAUGAUAGCUGUCAGACAAGAGGCGUCGCACAAGAUGCACAUGAAACGAUCCAUCAACGUAGCCGGCUUGAACAAGACCGCGAAAGCGUUGAGGGCUUGGAGAGACUGUACAGGCGAACGCGACCAUCUCAUCUUCUACGAUGGUGGUUCCACCAACGACCCGGUACUGGCCAAGUACUGCGGCGGCGAUUGGCUUCCGAGGGUAGUAUCGCGCGGACCCGAGAUGUUGGUCGCUUUCCACUCAUCUCCGUUUAGCAUACCGCUGCACUCGCCACCGUCUCACUCUCCGCUCAGAGGUUUCGAACUCGACGUCGACAUCAUAUUUGCCGAUUCGGACUCGUUAGACUAUUCCAGGCACAGUUUGAAGUGCGAGUUCGACGUGAACGCUACCAGUCCCGACAGCGACGAAAUAUGGACCGGUAGGGGGCGCAAGGGUAGACUGGUUAGUCCGAAACACUCACUGCCACCAAACACCACCUGUACGUACAACUUUCGGGGCUUCGCUGGCGAUUUGGUGUGGGUCAGUUUCAUAUCGUAUAGUCAGCGGGCUCUUCUGAUAGGCGAGAGUCACGCGCUACUUGGCAACAGCUCGAUGGGAGGAGGAUGCGCCACCAGGCUUCGCAUAUUCGACAACCAGACCGUGUUGGAGGACAAGUGCGACGAGCCUCCGCUCAUAUGCGAUCACAGCGCACUGAGCAACGCCACCAGAACCACCAGACCUUGCACGUUGGAGGAAAGCUACUUGUCGUCCGAUCGGAACCUCGUACUGCAACACCACACCGAAGACGGUACCGCUUUACACCCCGCCUUUUUCAAACUGAAGUACGAGUUUGUCGACACGCGCCUUGGUGGCGAGCCCGACAAGGAAGCCGGAUCGUGUCAUAGAGUGUAUAGGAAGCAGCACGUAGGAGAAGUUACAGGUCCACGCAACGUUUUCCUCUACGGCAGAGGAGGAGCUAGAGACUUGCACUGCGUCUACAGAUUCGAGGCGGGAAGCGACGAAAGGGUGAGGCUGAUCGUGAACAACGCCUCGUUCGGCUUGAACCCCUCAUGCGAAACGGUACCGGAUUCGCACAGCGGAAGACACACGUGUGAGUACUACCCCGGAGGGAACGUCGCGGAGUUGAGCGUAUUCGAAGUGCCGUGGAAAGGCGUGCGUACUCCGAAAGCUUGUAUCUGUGAUAACUCGACGCUAGCUAGUAAACCGAUUGUAUUCGUAUCGUCGUCGAGAACUUUAGAACUUCACCUCACUGCGAAGGACAUGAAAAUCACCGAAGACUUUACGGUGAUACAUUUCCACGUCCUGUUCGAGCUGGUCAAAAUGUCGGACUGUCCGCGUACUCAGAGACUGAGAGGAGACGGUGGCGAAGUGCAAUUUAGCAACCCGCCUGCGGAUAGAACGGAAAGCUUGUGCACUGGACUGCCGUGGAUCGUAGAGGCGAGACACAACAAGAGCUUGUUCUUGUUGAGUUGGGGAGCGUUCUUGCCGCUGAAACCCAGAGCCGACGAGUCGACGCGAUGCCCUACCAACAAUCGAAUCUUGGUCUACUCGGGAAGACCGUCGAAACUCGUAAAGGCCAUAUGCCCCGCCGAACCGGGUGCUAAACUAUUAGCCAUUCACGUGUUCAGCGAAGAGUGGCGCGGUGAAGGGGUGGCUCACCUCAUCCAAAGACCGCCCCAGUUCGUGGUCGAGUGGAUCGGGGUUGAACCAGGCUUGGCCGCGUUCAACUGGUUAGAAAUCUCCAGAUCUCGUCAUUCGCUACUCAGCCAACUCCAAGUUCCUACGAACGUCAGCGCCAACGAAACCGACCUCGAGUGCGGGUUCAAGUGUCCAGAAUUAGACGCGUGUAUCAGUUCGUCGUUGUUCUGUGACGGCAAGGACCAUUGCCCUUCCGGUUUCGACGAAUCGGAGGUCAGGUGCGGAGCGACCUCCAAACUGCUGAAUUCACUACCGAUGGCUGCGAUCGCCGCAGGAUUCGCAGUGUUCGCGUCACUCUUCCUACUGAUGUGUCUCACGCUGCACAGGUUCCGCGCGCGUCGCCGCCGAAAGCUCGCCAAGAAGAAGCUGUUGACCGGGCCGCGACUCCUAGACCCGGACUUAAACUCUUGACACAAGCCACCCGUAGAGUACAUCCAUGUCGAUCGGGAAACGACCGUAUGAGAUACGGAGUACGUCGGUUCGUCCGUCCCUACGCUCACUUGUUAUCUACCGGUGCCUUUCAGUGAUUUACGAAUGUAUCCCUCGAGCGUCUCGCGUUUCCGCUACUCGACCGAUUAGUGCGUUACCUACCUUACGAAUCGCCGCAAAAUUUCGGGGCGGCGCUUGUUACUUAAGCCACAUCUAUUACUAUUAGUCUUCCCCGUUGUUUCCCCUCUAUACGUGCCACCAUGCGCUCAUCAGCUAUGGGUAGGCGUGUCGAUUAUGCAAGCCAGUUUGCAGGGUGUGUGAUUUGCAAAACUAAAGUUUUUUUUAUGCGCCAUCGCAAUAGACUUUCCUCCUUUGUACUUCACUAUAGUUAUGUUGCCCCUUUCAGGAUUGGGGAGCCUUUGUGCGCCCACAAGGUUGUCAUUAAAAAGGGCGUAUCUUUAAAACUUUAGAUGGAUUGUAAAUUGUAGAGUUGUUUUUAAUAAGUUUUUCCAAUAGUAUUUCCUCAUUUGCGCUUAAUCACAGUAUGAAUGUGUGUUCUACGUUUCCAGGAGGCGUGUCAUUGGUUUAAGCCACGCUCUUCACGGUGGAAGGUGGAAGAUAUUGAAAAGCCAUUUCGUCUCGCUCCUUCCAUUUCAUUCGUCUGGCCCUCAAUUGAUCAGCAGGGAUGUUUGUUUUCCCUCUUUUAAGCCACGCCACGAUCAAAAAUAAUAUUAGAGCGUAUCUUUAAGACGGUGACAGGUGUGCCUCGCCCUCGUAUAUUCUCAUUAGUCCUUUGCAUAAGCCACUCCGUACCGGGCCGCUCAACAAAACCACGGCAACCUCCAAUUAAAGAAAAACUCGGAUAAUGUCGCAUAAGCCGAUUACAAUGUCGGUUCAAAUUUAGCGGCCAGGGCGGUACGUCAUAAUCUGCGGCCAGUAAUCGAUAAAAAUUCAUCCCCCUUCACCCUGCCGGUCCGCGUAAUUAACGAAUACAAAUAUUAACGCGAAAUUUGCAAUUUUAACCGGGCCGUCGUCCCAAGUGAGGACUAAUUCGGCGUUUUGUAUGCAAAAGUACGAAACACGGCCGUUUCGGUUUAUACGGGGGGCGGGCGCGCUUGCAUACCAUCCGGCGAUAACUUUCGCGCGUCUGGCUUUGAUUUUUGACAAAAUCAGAAGCGGGAUUGUGAAUCGAACGGAGUCGCGGAUUUCUUUUUUUUUUUUUGGAACAUCGUUUUUUUUUUUCGGGGAUAGUGGCGUCGAAGAACGGCUCAGUAUACCCCGUCCCCCGUAUUUGGCUCCCGACAACCGGGAUUUGAUUAUUCGGCGGAGCCACGGGAGAUAAACACGCGACUAACGACGCAAAAAUGUUAAUCGAGCUGGGGGUUAUAAAUUUUGGUUUUUGUUUUCCAAUGGGUCGUUUCCGCGGUACGAUUUAAUUACUUAUUUUCCACUGCCAGUUUGAUUGCGUUUUUCUGGAAAUCCCUGAUGUUUAGCCUGUCGUCUAUGUUUUUUCAAAUGGGUUUCCAAACCCGCUCGAACUUCCUUGAUUAGAUUAGUCAAGCAAAUCCUACAACGGCCAGUUCAAGUAGUAGCAAACACCGCCCACGAUUACCUCCACCUUCCCAUUUAAUAAAUGGGGCGUGGUAUAAAGGACGGCACCGCCCAUUGACGAUUCGAGGUAGCUCUGGGUGUAAAUUUAGACAAUCCUAGUGGCCAAAUAAGCUGAAACGGACAAGUAACGAAUUAAAUCGGCGACGCAGUGUACGAAACGGGAUGAACAGACCGCCGUUAGAUUUUUCACUUUAAUUUUCGUUUCCUGUGAUAUAGACCGGGAUAGAGACCCCGCCCCGUCCCGGGGACGACCGACAUGUUUCCGCAGUCGCCCCCCACGGCCGCGUAAUUAAUAAUCGACGAGGCAAUGUUAAUUGAUUCAGUUUAUACGUCGGUUUGUCACCACGCGGGCCCUGAUAAGUGGAUCUAAUAUCACCCGAAGACAAAGACGCCAUUAAUUAAUUCGCAAUAACGUUUGGGCUAUCGGAAUUUACGCAAUAAGAUGGCGGUCGUUCGUGACGGGCGAGGGGGUAGUUUCACCUGCCUGAGCGGUAACAAUUGUUAUUUUUCACGUUGUAAUCUAUAAAUGAAACUGUUACGUUUACGUUUUAUCUUUGGACAAAGUGUUGCUCGUUAUGUGUGUCUCCAGUAGGGUAGGUCUUCGACGUAGCGAAUCCCCGCCGCAUACGAGAGGGAACGCCCCGAAUUUUUAUUAUGAAGUGCGACUGAGGCGUCAAUCAGUCGGGCAAAGUCGGCUCGAGUCGGCUAAGCGAGUGAGAAAAAAAAGUUACAUUCCGAUACCACUGUAUAUAAUUUUUUUCAAAAUUUAAUCACAAUCGAACUAAACAAAAUAUUUUCAAACAUUAACAGCAAAAUCAUAGAAAAAUAGAAUAGGAAAUUAUUAGAGACUAUUAGAGACUACUGAAAGGAAAAAUUGUAGAGGUAUUUGAUUAACUAUAUUUACCUUUACUAAAUACCCUCAAUAUUAUUAC